AUUGCGGGGAGAGGGAGGGAGGGGAAGAGAGAACAACAGAAAGGAGCAGACCUGUUUGAGGAAUUGGGCAACCAAUUUCAUUUCCUCCAUCUCUCACACCUCAUUCUCUGUCUCGCUCUCCGUUGCCGUUUGCCUCCCUGAAUGCCUCGCCCGUGUUCAGGUACAUGGUGGCGAUCGCUAAGCGGAGCGAGGGACUUGCUGCAGGUAGCGAACAAGACCUUUGUAUUUGAUCGUCAAAAAGCAUCGCCAUUCAUAUUGUGUUCAUGCAAAUCAAAUUACGAGAUGAGUUCCAUGGCUUUCAGUUGUGAAAUGGUGCAUGAAGUGUUUGUGGCACAUGAUCUUUGUGGAGCAUAAGUAGUGUGGUGUCCCAAAAAAAGGCCUGAGGCUUGCCGCACAUUUUGACAUGUUCUACAGCCUACAGUACCAUCAUCUGAAUGAAAUUCUUAAAGAUGGCUGUAGCAGUUGAUCAACAUAACAGAUUGAAGACAUUAUUAGUCCUCCCUCCUCCUCCUCCUCCUCCUAGAUGCAUCAGACUCGUGGAAUUGGACCAGACAAAUCAUGUUUCCUUAAACCACCAGCAAGCCAUGGAACUUAUCAAUGUCAACAGAAGCAUCUCCACCCCUUGUCUUUCUGCAUCAUCCCCCCUCUCAUAUAAUAACAACAAAGAAGCAAAUAUAAUUGCCGGUCAAGGGAUUGAAGUAAUUGGUGGCCACCAUGAUCCAAAAUCUCGUCUUCUCAUAACAAAAGUGGCUCUAGCUCUACAAUCUGGUGCUGAUCCUCUCCCAGCGGCUAGUGGUUUAACUGGCGCCUACUUAUUACCUAGUCAAGUCGGUUCUAGCAUGAGUAGCAUUGUUGCUGUUAUUAAGCCGAUAGAAGAGCCACCUAUGGAGGAUUUGGGCAGCCCUAAAGGGUUCUCCGGGCAAAUGCUUGGCCAACCGGGAAGAAGACCCUCGAUCAGAUUAGGAGAAACCGGGGCACGUGAAUUGGCAGCUUACCUUCUAGACCAUGAUGGAUUUUCCGGUGUUCCUCCAACCGCGUUACUUAGAAUAUCCUCGGAUGCGUUUCCUUCAAGCAUAGGGAAAAUGAAACCGUAUUCUGGGUACAAAAUGACAUCGGUGCAGUGCUUUGUCGAGCAUGAAUCGGAUGCUGCAGAUUUAGGCCCCUCUUGCUUCUCGGUGGAGUCGAUUCAUAGGAUCGGAGUGUUGGACAUUCGAGUUUUGAAUUUGGAUAGGCACACUGGGAACAUGUUGUUGAUCGAAGGAAAGGAGCUAAUUCCUAUCGACCACGGGCUUUGCUUGCCGGAGCGGCUUGAUGACCCGUACUUGGAGUGGCUCCAUUGGCCUCAGGCAUUGGUUCCGUUUUCGGAGAGUGAGGUGGAGUAUAUAAUGAGUCUGGAUCCGAUGAAAGACGCGGAGAUUAUAAGGAAUGAGGUUCCGUCGAUUAGGGAGUCGUCGGUGAGGGUCCUCGUGUUGUGCACGGUAUUUUUGAAGGGAGCUGUUGUUGCGGGGCUCUCGCUUGCGCGAAUUGGUGAAAUGAUGACCCGGGAAUAUCAUGGAGGGGAGGAGGAGGAGAGUACAUUCAGUUUGCUAGAGAAUCUUUGCAUGAGCACAAAGGCUAAGAUGAAUACAAAAGAAUUGAAGGACGAUGAUGAGGAGGAUGAGGAGGAGGAGGAGACUCGGGAGGAUAGUGUGUCGUUUGGAGAAUUGAGCGAAGAGAAAUGGUUGUUGUUUUUAGAGGUGUUUGAGAAACUUUUGCCGAAUUUCUUUGAGGCUAGAAAGGAGGGAAACUACUACUGCAACUACUGCUGCUGAUGAUAAUAAUAACAAUAGGCAAACUAAUUACUACUUUCAGACUACUGACUUUGGCUGGCUGGCUGGCUGGCUGGCGUGUUUCUAUAUCACCAAGCUCUGGUAACAAACAAUAUGAUAUAUGAGAUAAACUAGUAUACAAAAAUUCAAAAAAAAAUUUAAUAUGUUGUACAUGCAUUGGAAAUGUGAUUGUGGCUCAAGCCAUCCUUUCCUUGUUUAAUUUUUCAAUCAUCUAUACUCAA